UUUGACAGAGAGCCCUGCUAGCUGUCGCGCACCGUAAUUCCCCAGCAUUUCAAACUAAGCAGCUAGCCGGUGAUCUUAUUUAACACAAGCGCUCUCCUCAGGGACAGUUUAGCUUCAGCAAGGAGCUCGCACUUACCGGUGGUUCGCAUCUGACUAAGGGACGUGACAAAGUACAAUAUGUCUAAAGACACGGAAGGGAAGAGCGAGGAGAUUAUGGACAUGGAGAGCAAGGUGCUGUGGUACCCGGACUCCAAGAAGAACACACAGAUGGACAAAUUUAGGAUACAGGUCAACAAGGACUACGGGCUUAAUCUGGCCAACUACAAUGACCUGUACCAGUGGUCGGUGGACAGCUACCCAGAUUUCUGGUCCGAAGUGUGGCGCUUCUGUGGAGUAGUGAGCUCAAAACCUUAUGAAGAGGUGGUGGAUGUAUCCAAACGGGUCUCAGAUGUGCCAGAGUGGUUUAAAGGAGCUCGGCUCAACUACGCUGAGAACUUGCUCAAACAUGCAGACCAGGACAAAGUAGCUCUCUAUGCUGCAAGUAAGUAUUGAAAGAAAUUGAUG